AUGUCUGGAACAACGGCGGGCUAUCAGGGCAUGGAGGCCGUCAAGAACAAGCAAUGGGAGAAAGCCAUUCCCCUUCUUGACAAGGCCCUCGAGGAUUCAAACUCUCCCGCUUGGCUUCUUGCUCGGUGCCAAGCUCACCAACAGCUCAAGAACUACGAACAAGCUCUUGACGAUGCCUGCCUGGCCUACCACUCAGCUGCUGAGCGUGGUUCCGGAAACUCGCGCAAGCAGAUGAUUGAGGCCCAGUACCGCCGCGCCUUGGUUUACUACAAGAUGGGCCGGUAUGCUGAUGCCGACUGCUGCGCUAAGUGGAGCAUGCUCCUGGCAGAAGGUCGUCCGGCGCGUGAGGACGAUGGUGUGGAGAAGAACGUUGAUGCUAAUGGCAACUAUACGGUCACUUGGGAGGAUGCUGUCGCUGAUACGAAGGGUCAGCCUGGCCAAGCCAACGGGUCGAAGGCCGAUAUUCUUGCUAAUGCCACGAAUGCCACGGGGUCGAGCAACACGGGUUUUGAGAGUGAUUGGAAGCGCGCUUAUACGCUGAGGAGCCAAAUUCUGGGGAUGAUGAGGACGACGCCGGAGGAUCAUCCUGGCCGGAAGGUUACCGUCACCAAGGUUCCUCCAAAGCCGGAGAAGAAGGUUGUCAAGCAGCCCGAGCCUGCCUCCACGAUCGAGUUAACGGAUGGUGACAAUGAGCCGGCCCAGCCGAAGCCUGAGCUCCCGGCUCCGGGAAGUGUUCCGGACGAGAAGAUGAAGUCGCGGGUCGAUUACUAUCAGACUAACCAAACCAUCACCAUCUCUUUCUUCGUGAAAGAUGUGAAGAAGGAGAAUCUCCAAGUCAGGAUGGCACCGAAACAGAUCCAACUCUCUCCCCUUCCCCGUGCCGUCGCCCCCUACGUCCAGCCCGGCGACCGCGAAGCUACAUCGACCCUCCUCCUUGCCGGCGAAAUCGACCCCUCCGCAUCCCGGUGGACCGUAACACCCCGCAAAAUUGAGCUCACCCUCCAAAAGGCUACCCCCGGUGUCAAGUGGGCAACCUGGGGCACCGAAGUCAUCGGCCCUCAAGACGACGACACCGCCGACUCCUCAUCCAGCUCCAGCACCCCGGCCCCAACCGCAACCACAACCGCUGCGGCUCCCGCCCCGGCACCCGCUGCAUCCAAGCCCACAGCCCCAGUAUACCCAACUAGCAGCCGCAAGGGCCCCAAGGACUGGGAUACCGUCAGCAAGGAGAUGGGCGGGGACGAGGAGGACGCCAACGACGUGAACUACUUCUUCAAGCAGCUGUACAAGGGGGCGACGCCAGACCAGCGGCGAGCGAUGGUGAAGAGCUUUAUCGAGAGUAAUGGGACCGCGCUGAGUACCGAUUGGGAGGAUGUCAAAAAUCGGAAGGUCGAGACGGUUCCGCCAGAGGGGGUUGAACCUAAGAAGUGGGAGAGUUGA